AAGCCAAAAUUGGAGGUGAUACUGCUUACCUUCCAUUCUCUUAGACAAAACCAAAAUCUGCUCAUCUUCAGCUAAUUACUCCAUCUCAAUAUCUCAUAGAUUCCUAUGCUGUGAACUUAAUUUUCUCCUCAUUAAAUUCCAAUAAACACCUCCUAUCAUUUCCCCCAUUCACCAAGAAAUUAGGUUUUUCUUGACCUCUCAACAAUGGAGGAGGCAAGAUAUUGGAUGUGGGCUAAAAACAAACCUGAACUAGCGGCCUACGGCGACUCCUGGGAGGAGCAGGCCUUUGCAGAAGACGCGGCCGGGGCCCUUGGAGGUUGCGUUUGGCCGCCUAGAUCUUACUCUUGCAGCUUCUGCAGAAGAGAUUUUAGAUCAGCUCAAGCUCUUGGAGGCCAUAUGAAUGUCCACAGGAGAGAUAGGGCAAGAUUGAAACAAUCUCCAAGCCCUACGGCAGCCGAGAUUGUACCUCAAAACCCUUCUCAGAUAUGCACCUUCUUGUACAAUAACCCUAACCCUAACCCUAAUCAGUUUCCUGAUUCCUUACCCUUCGUUUCCCCAAUUCCACAUGUGAUAAGGGUUUUUUCUCCUCCUACUGAGGAGAAAAACACAUUAAACCUUCGUUUCCUCUCUUCCAACGUUGACAAGGGUGAAAAGGGCGAUAAGCCUCCCUCGUGGUCGAGUUUUCUCAACGAGAAACGAGUGGAUUCGAUCAGGAAUAGCGAGAAGAAACCGGCAGCUGCUGAUCCUGACACCAGGGCUGAGCGGGAGGAUUGUGUGACAGAGGAUUUGUCGAUGAGUUUGAAUUUGGGAGGUCGCAAGAGGCAGUCGAACGACGAGGAAGUGGCUAGUUGUAAAAGAAGGAGGAUCGAAGAGAAACCCUUGAGUUUGUUGAGUGUGGUUGAGAGAUGUCUUCCUCAGCCGGAGGUGAUGAAGCUCUACUCAGCUGGUGGUGGCGACGAACUGGAUCUCGAGCUCAGGCUUGGCGAUGCUCCAAAGGUGAAGUGAAACCGUAUACGGAGAGAAAAGGAAAUUGAAUUACUUUGCUUGAUUAGUUUGUAUGUGUUUGUCUUCGUUACAUUUGGUUUAGACGCCAAGGCCCUCUUCGAUUUCUUGAAGAUUACUAUGAUUUUUCUUGCUUGGAUUAAAUGAAGUUUGUACAAGUGAAUCAAUUACUAAUCCAUAUUCGAAACUAUUAAAGCUUA